GAAAAGGAAAGAAGUAAUUCUUAGCACCAAUCAACGAAUGAUGUAUUCGUCUUUUCUUACCACAAUGUUAUCACACCUAUUCGUCGGCUUGUGUUUACUCUUCAUUCAAGUCGCGGCUGUAUUGGUGAAUAUAGACCGAUAUAAAGGGGAAAUCCAAAGGACUCAUAAUAUGCUCAGAUCAUGGCAAAAUGCUGCAGAUAUGAAAUAUAUGUACUGGGAUAGCGAUUUGGAAGCUCGUGCCGGACAAUGGUCAGAAGGAUGUAGGUUUGAACAUCAAAUGCGUGGUUAUGGAGAAAAUUUGGCUUUCAUGUCUAGCACUGGUCCUGCACCUAGGCCUCGUGAAACAAUUAUGGACGGUAUAAGAAAUUGGUAUAAUGAGAUCAGUUUGUGGCAACGCAGAAGUCCACAACAGAGGCUACAAUUUUGUGGUGCAGCUUGCCAUUAUACACAGUUAGUAUGGUCACGAACGAGUCGAUUAGGAUGUACUCUUAGUUAUUGUCCAGUGUUAGUGGACGAUAGAGGAUCGACCUAUCGCAAUGCCAUGUAUUUUGUCUGCUUUUAUGACCCUCAAGGAAAUAUAGUGGGACAGCCUGUUUUCACUCCAGGUCCCCCAUGCACCCGGUGUCCGGGAGGCAGGGAACCUUGCAGAAAUGGUUUAUGUGCAGGUCCAGGUAAAUUUAAAAAUAAGAAAUAG